AUGAGGAAGAGACAGGCUUGCCGGUGGAUUGUGGCCACACUCCUGGCAGGAUGCUGGCUCUGCAAUGGAAAGGAGCCCAACUUCUGUGGCACAGUGGCGCUACCGUCGUGGGGAGCGACUGUGACGUAUGGCGGCCGAAGCCUCCCGGGGCGGCUUCCUCGUAGAGUCCGCGAGCGAAGGCGACAAGCUCCGGAUGGGAGCGCAGAUGGCGAGGCCAGACGGCUGACGUCUCAAAUCACAAAGGCUGGCUCGGCUUCAGAGCUGCUUUCGCUUUUGGACAAGCCGGUGGAGAACGCGAAGCUCUUCAACGGCUUCCACAUGUCUGCCGCCUGGACAACCCUUGCUCGAUUCAAGAAGAGGCGCCAGUUUCGUAAGGCGGAUGCGAGAAGCCCUGUGUGGGCCAAGCUGUCUGUCCGGUUGCAUAAGAUGCUCCAGGACGAUCUGCUGCCACCGCGUGUGGCGGCCAACGUUUUCUAUUCAGUGGGCAAGCUCUAUGACGAGGUAGACAUGCACAUGAUGCAGGUGUUGCCAAAGCUUUGCAAAGCCGUGAGGGCGAAAACUGGUGGCAUGAAUGCUCAACAGAUCUCAAAUUGCAUGCUGGCAGCGGUGAGUCUCCAAGAUGCAUCGCCAGAGGUGCUGGAUGCCGUGCCAGCACUUGCAAAGCGCAUACCGGACAAGGUUGAGGAGAUGAUUCCUCAGGCUCUGUCCAACUGCCUGUGGGCAGCUGCCAACCUCCAAGAUGCAUCGCCAGAGGUGCUGGAUGCCGUGCCAGCACUUGCAAAGCGCAUACCGGACAAGGUUGAGGAGAUGAUUCCUCAGGCUCUGUCCAACUGCCUGUGGGCAGCUGCGAAGCUGCAAGAUGCAUCGCCAGAGGUGCUCGAUGCCGUGCCAGCACUUGCAAAGCGCAUACCGGACAAGGUUGAGGAGAUGAAUCCUCAGGAUCUUUCCAACAACUUGUGGGCAGCUGCCAACCUCCAAGAUGCAUCGCCAGAGGUGCUGGAUGCCGUGCCAGCACUUGCAAAGCGCAUACCGGACCUGGUUGAGGAGAUGAUUCCUCAGCACUUGUCCAACUGCCUGUGGGCAGCUGCGAAUCUCCAAGAUGCAUCGCCAGAGGUGCUGGAUGCCGUGCCAGCACUUGCCAGGCGCAUACCGGACAAGGUUGAGGAGAUGAAACCUCAAGAGUUGUCCAACUGCCUGUGGGCAGCUGCGAAUCUCCAAGAUGCAUCGCCAGAGGUGCUGGAUGCCGUGCCAGCACUUGCAAAGCGCAUACCGGACAAGGUUGAGGAGAUGAUUCCUCAGGCUCUGUCCAACUGCCUGUGGGCAGCUGCGAAGCUGCAAGAUGCAUCGCCAGAGGUGCUCGAUGCCGUGCCAGCACUUGCAAAGCGCAUACCGGACAAGGUUGAGGAGAUGAAUCCUCAGGAUCUUUCCAACAACUUGUGGGCAGCUGCCAACCUCCAAGAUGCAUCGCCAGAGGUGCUGGAUGCCGUGCCAGCACUUGCAAAGCGCAUACCGGACAAGGUUGAGGAGAUGAAUCCUCAGGAUCUUUCCAACAACUUGUGGGCAGCUGCCAACCUCCAAGAUGCAUCGCCAGAGGUGCUGGAUGCCGUGCCAGCACUUGCAAAGCGCAUACCGGACCUGGUUGAGGAGAUGAUUCCUCAGCACUUGUCCAACUGCCUGUGGGCAGCUGCGAAUCUCCAAGAUGCAUCGCCAGAGGUGCUGGAUGCCGUGCCAGCACUUGCCAGGCGCAUACCGGACAAGGAGCUGCAGAAGCCCGAGUUGGUUGCCAAGCUGCAAGCGAAACUCGACCGGCGGCAGCACUGA